CCACAUUGUGCUGUACUGCCUUUCUACCAUACAAUUUACUAGCAGGAUGGUCCGCUCACUCGCUAUUGUGUUCUUCCUGCUCUUCUCCGCGCUCUGUGGCUCAGUCUCUGCGGCAUCGCUCGAACGCGCUAAGCGUCUCACCAAUGCGGCCCGGUUCCAAGCGGGCCUCCCGCCCCUCCCACCGUCGAAGCGAGAGUCGGGCGUCCAGCCUCGGUGGAGUAGCUCUGCUCCUAACUCCUGCCCUGGCAAGACGUACGUCUCCAUCUGGAAGUCCGGCCAGAAGUUUGCCCAUCUCGGGAAGCACGUCAACGCCACCACGGGCAGGUUCGACGUCAUCACCACUGCUCCCAACCAGGGCUCGUAUCUCGAAGUACAGACAACCUUCGACAGCGCCGCGCAUGAUUUCAAGCUGACGAACACGGACUCGACCUACUCGUACCUCGGACUUGCGGAUCCCACCAACGGCAGCAUCUCCGAGCUGGGGUAUGCGUACUUGGUCGCCACAGCCCAGACUGCUGCUGGUGCAAAGCCCACCAAGGUCGGCGACUCCCGCACUGCGUCCAACCCCGAUUCUGUCUCCGAGUCCGCCAUCUGGUCCGUCACCUCCACCAAAGGCUUCUACCCCAUCUUCGUCAACUCGGACGGUACGAAGACUAGCGGGCAAGGAGUGGUCAAGCAGCUUUCAAGCGGAUACGAAAUCGAGUUCGUCGGCGACUGGGAGCUGUUCAGCCAAAGCUCGGCUGGCAAGGACUUUGACAAAGCAGACUUCUACAUCGAAUGCGCCUGGUAAUCCCCAAUCCUCGAUCCCCCAUCAAAUUCGUUCUUCUAAUGGAUGCCUCAAAUGGACUAACGUACUUACGCUCUCUACGCUAACCUCUAGUGACGCUCGCUUUGACGUCGGAAACAACGGACUACUAUGUAUAUAGGUAGCACUAAUGGGUUGUAGUAGACCCAACGACCCCCUGAAAUGAAC